UGCUCCCUUCCCCCAUCCGGUGGAGCUCGAGCUCCGACCUCAUACGGGCCCUCCUCCAUCCGUCGUUCCUCCUACGCCUCAGUAGUAUCUGGCAACGCAUUUUCCCCACCGAUCUCCAACUCCUUCUCACAUCUGCUUAACGACUCCCACCCUAUCUCCUACACCCCAUCCGACAGCCGAGUCCACCGGGCUCCGUUCGGCGUGGAUGCCGCAGACAUGCACAUGAACUCCGCCUGGAGAAACACAGGUUCAACAGAGUCACUUCCUCCCUGGUCUCGCAAAUAUGCCAGCUUUCUACGCUCGGCGGAAUUUCCGCAUGGCCUAGGCCUCACCGACGCCCCGUCUUUCCUCACUCCAUCUUACCUCCGCAACUCCCGCUACAUCACCCGUCUCGAGACAGCCCAUCGCGCUAAGCUCGCUGCCCAACAUCGAGAUCCCUCCUCAUCUGCAGCCUCCAAUCCCCCCCUCUCCGCCUCCUCCAGCAAUGUACACCUGCCCCGCAUCGCCCCAUCGCAUCGGGGAAUGCCCAAUGAGAUCAUAGAGAAGGAACCGCCUGCCCCGGUCGAUUCCCUCAUGCCCCUGCCCAGUCAGUGGAGCUCCGUAGACAAGUUCUCCGGCCUGGAGCUGUCUAAUGAGAACUUCGAUGUUCGCUACACUGGUCCUAUGCACAAGCAUGACCAUGAAGCUGCUGCCUUGCGCGCGGAUUAUCCUAUGCCGCCGCAAUGCGGGAUCUACUACUUUGAAGUCAAGAUUGAGUCAAAGCCGAAGGAGGGCAUGAUCGGUAUUGGGUUUUCCAGCCCCAAGGCGUCCGUCGAGAGACUUCCAGGUUGGGAGACGGAAUCCUGGGCUUACCAUGGCGAUGACGGAAAGUCGUUCUUUGGUGAGAGUCAAGGACAAGGUCGGGCAUAUGGACCGACUUUUGGUGCUGGUGACACAGUCGGAUGUGGUGUAAAUUUCUCCACAGGAUCUGCAUUCUUCACUAAGAAUGGGGUUUUCUUGGGAAAUGCCUUUAACGAUCUGCGCAACACGAACCUUUUCCCGUCCGUCGGAAUGAAGAAACUACCACCGGUACACCUCAGAACGAAUUUUGGACAGGAGCCUUUCGUUUUUGAUAUUGAUGGCAUGGUUCAGCAAGAGAGAUUCAACGUGUUAUCGGAGAUUGACAAAACGUCCACAGCUAGUCUUCAACCACCGUUGGACGAGUCGACACUGCUGCAAGAGUUAGUCGCACAGUUCCUCGCCCAUGACGGCUACGUAGAUACAGCCCGGGCAUUCGCGGAAGAGGUGGCCACCGAAACGCUAGCCCUCCAGAAUGGCCGCAACGAGCCACUCAAGAAAUAUGAGGUCGAGGAAGACCGCGAAGCCAUAAACCGCAACAGUAAGUCUACACAUCCGCACUUCCUCCCAGUACCGAACCCUCACUCAAAGCCCGUAGAAAUCCGCUCCGCAAUCCUAGACGGCGACAUCGACAAAGCCCUCAAACACACCAAAGCCUACUAUUCCAACGUCCUAGAAGAUCAUCCGCACAUCUACUUCAAAUUGCGUUGCCGCAAAUUCCUCGAGAUGAUGCGGCGGUCCAACGAGCUCUCCGCAGCAACCGCUGCAGCAUCGAAGCGCCGCCGCUCAACAGCCUCUAGCUCGCACGAACACGCUGUCUUCGAUCAGGAGAUGGAGCUCGACGACGGAGAUGGGGACGGCUGGGUCGCAGACGGCAUGGACACUGAAGAACCCGAGGUGAUCGCUCAGUUUAACCAGCUUCUCACUGAGGCAGUACAGUAUGGUCAGCAGCUGCGUGCUGAUUACCCUACCGAUGAGAAUGGCGGCGAUAAGAAGCUGCUGGAUGAUAUCUUCUCUCUGGUUGCAUAUCCUGACCCGAAGAGGUCUGUUCAUGGUCAUUACCUCGAUGCCGAGGGGCGGGUAGCUGUGGCUGAAGAGUUGAACUCGGCUAUUCUUGUCUCAUUGGGCAAAUCAUCUGCUGCAGCUCUGGAAAGGCUAUACCAGCAGACUGAAGUGCUGGUUAACGAGAUCAGUGAAGACGGCGGCGCUGGGGCGUUCAUUAAUGUUCGGGAUGAUAUUUUGCUUUGA